AUGGGUUCGGGAAAAGCAGUGUCCACUCGUGUCGGCGGCAAGGUCGUAGGCCCUGUUGGAUUUGGCAUGUUGGGGUUAACGAAGCCGUGGGCCCCCGUCGAGUAUCCCAUUGCUGUGAAAGUCUUGAAGACGGCAUUAGAGCAAGGUGCAAAUCUUUGGAAUGGUGGCGUGCACUACGGAACUCCCGAAGCAAAUUCUCUGCAUCUAAUCAAGUACUACUUCGAGAAGUAUCCCGAAGAUGCCAGCAAGGUCGUCCUUAGCAUCAAAGGUGCAUUUGCUAUGAAGACCGGGCCAGACGGUAGCCCGGAAGGUAUCCGUGCUUCUGUCGAGCAGGCCCUCGAAGUUCUAGGUGGUACCAAAACCAUUGACGUCUUUGAAUGCGCGCGGGUUGACCCCAAGGUCCCCGUUGAGACCUCUAUCAAAGCAUUGAGUGAGCUUGUAAAGGAGGGCAAGAUUGGCGGUAUCGGACUGAGCGAAGUCGGCGCAAACACAAUCCGCAAAGCUCACGCGGUGCAUCCCAUCUCGGCUGUCGAGAUAGAGUUGAGCUUAUUCACUCCCGAUCCCCUUCAUAAUGGCGUUGCGGAUACUUGCCACGAACUCGGCAUCCCCAUCGUAGCGUACAGCCCCAUCAGCCGCGGGUGGUUAACCGGCGAGUUGCGUAGCUUAGACGACCUCCCGCAGAACGACUUCCGCCGCAUGCUCCCGCGCUUCCAACCCGAAGUCUUCGAUCAGAACUUCAAGCUCGUCGAGGCGGUGGAGCAGAUUGCCAAGCGUAAGGGUGUCACGACGGCGCAGGUGGCUAUCGGGUGGGUGAUUCACCAGGGCGCCAUUCCUAUUCCCGGUUCUGCUAGGGUCGAGCGAGUUAUUGAAAAUACGAAAGCUGCCGAGUUGACAAAUGAGGAGUUGGCUGAAAUUCAGAGAAUCCUUGAUACAUUGCCUAUUAGCGGGGAGCGCUAUGGCGGUGCGCAGGAGAAGUUUCUUAACGCAUAG